AUCUCUCUCUCCCCUCCCCCUCGCUUUCUCCAGGACUGCCACUGUCGAGUCUGUGGGAAUAUGAAUCAGCAGCAGCAGAGAAUGGCUGCAGUUGGGACAGACAAAGAGCUCAGUGACCUGCUGGACUUCAGUAUGAUGUUUCCCCUGCCAGUGGCUAAUGGAAAAAACAGACCCACGACCCUAGCGAGCACUCAGUUUGGAGGAUCAGGCUUGGAUGAAAGGCCGGGAUCAGGUUCCUGGGGAACGGGAGAUCAAAACAGCUCCGCGUUUGACCAAGGAAGGAGCUAUGGCGAAGGCCCCCACUACGGCGAGCACCGGGACAUGCCCUCCCACAACAGCAUCUCCUCGUCGCCCUUCCUGGGAGCAGGACUCGUGGGGAAGAGCAGUGACAGAGCCUCGUACUCCACGUUUGGAAGAGACACAGGGAUGCCAGGACUAAACCAGGCCGGGUUCCUGCCCAGCGAGAUGGGAAUCGCCAGCCCGAGCACACUUUCCCCCACGGGGGGCAAAGGAGGGUCCCAGUAUUUCUCUUACCCCAACAAUCCUCGCAGGAGAGGUGCUGAGAGCAGCAUUGAUGGACAGCCCAAAAAGGUUCGGAAGGUGCCUCCUGGACUCCCCUCCUCGGUGUAUCCAUCCAACUCAGGUGAUGACUACAGCAGGGAUCCAGCUGGAUAUACUCCCUCAAAACCUCCCAGCACUGUGUAUCCUGGAGCCUUUUAUAUGGCAGAUGGACUCCAUAACUCGCCAGACCUGUGGAGUUCCCCGGGUGCCAUGAGCCAGUCGAGUUACGGUGCCAUGCUGGGCAGCUCCUCCUCCCCACUCCCACAGUCCAGUGGCUUCAACAGUUUACACCAGCACGAACGCAUGAACUACCAGCUGCAUUCAGGAGAGGUGAACGGGGGGCUCCCCUCCGUGUCCGGCUUUUCCUCGGCCUCCACGCCCUACGGAGUGUCCAGUCACACGCCCCCGAUCAGCGGCACAGACAAUAUGAUGGGUAACAGAGGAACCACAGCCGGGAGCUCCGGAGACGCGCUCGGGAAGGCACUGGCCUCGAUUUACUCCCCUGAUCACUCUAGCAAUAACUUCUCCUCAAACCCCUCCACACCGGUCGGCUCCCCGCAGGGGCUUGCAGGCACGUCGCAUGCCGCGGGCGAAAGCGGAGCGGGUGCCUUAUCUCCCAGCUACGAAGGGAGCCUCCACACUUUGCAAAACAAAAUGGAAGACAGGUUGGACGAAGCCAUCCACGUGCUGAGGAACCACGCCGUGGGCCAGACCGCUGCCAUGCCCAGCAACCACGGGGACAUGCACGGGCUCCUGGGCUCAGCACCGCCCCACAGUGCCGCCGUGGGCAGCCUGGGCCAGGCCUUCCCUGCCUCGGUCAUGGCCCUGGGCAACAGGCACCCGAGCCUGCAAAAAGCCGAGAGAGAGAGAGAAAGGAGGGUCGCCAAUAAUGCCCGUGAGCGCCUGCGGGUCCGGGACAUCAACGAGGCCUUUAAAGAGCUCGGACGCAUGUGCCAACUGCACCUAAACAGCGAAAAACCGCAGACCAAACUGCUAAUCCUACACCAGGCCGUAUCAGUCAUACUGAACCUGGAGCAACAAGUUAGAGGUCAUACAGACGAGGCCUUGUCACUGGAGGACAAAGAUCUGAGGGACCGGGAGAGGAGGAUGGCCAAUAACGCCAGGGAGAGGGUGCGUGUGCGGGACAUUAACGAGGCCUUUAAGGAACUGGGACGAAUGUGUCAGAUGCACUUAAAAACGGACAAAGCACAGACCAAACUGAUCAUCCUACAGCAAGCGGUGCAGGUCAUUCUGGGCCUGGAGCAGCAAGUACGAGAGCGCAACCUGAACCCUAAAGCAGCCUGCUUGAAGCGUCGGGAAGAGGAGAAAGUGUCCGGAGUGGUAGGAGACCCCCAGAUGACACUUUCAGCUUCACAUCCUGGUCUAGGAGACGGUCACAACCCUGUUGGACACAUGUAAAGUUGUAGGUCUCCCUGUUCCUCUGGAUACAGAGAUCUGUAGGAAGAAAGCCCUGGGUGUGACCUGCAACCUUCUUGAACCAUGGACUGUAGUACUGCUCAUACUGACACACGCAGACGGAUCCUGGUGUGACGUAAGGGGUGGAAAAAAACACUUUUUGUCAAAAACAGAACGAAAACAAAAAAAUUGCCUUAAGUAUAAAGUGCAGAACAGUCAAUACAUAUCACUCAGUUAGGAGGGGGUGGCGUGUUCUCUUGGCUUGUUCACAAGCAGCCAGCAGCAAAAUUGUGCCUAAGCUUGAUAUUUCUUUUUUAAAAAAAAAGAACAUUAGUUAUGAGAUUUUUUAUGUAGAACAAAUAGCAAUGCCUUUUGGUUUUUUUUAGCUUCUUUUGCAUAUGUUUUGUAAGCGACGAAAGAAUUUUUUUUUGUAUAAAAACAUGUCUUGUACCCUCCGCUUUUCUGCUGCUGUUUCUAUAGUUAACGUUGCAUCUUUAGGAUCAACCUGAAUAUUAAAAUUGUAUUAAGAGAGACUGGA